AUGGAUCCUACUCCUCCUCAUGAGAGAGUAUGGACAAUGCUCUCAUUCAUAUCUUUAUGGGUGUCUGAUGCGUUCAAUACGGCAACUUGGGAACUGGCCUCCGCUUCGAUAGCGAUCGGAUUAGGCUGGAAGCAAGCCCUCCCAGCCGUAGCAUUAGGCCAUUUCUUGAUUGCACUCGUCAUCACCGCCAACGGAACGAUUGGAGCCCGAUUACACGUCCCUUUCCCUGUCUUGAAUCGAUCUUCCUUUGGGUUCUGGUUUAGUUAUUUCACGGUUAUUAGUCGCGUGGUGUUGGCUAUGUUCUGGUUUGCCAUUCAGACGUUUACGGGCAGUGAAUGUGUCUAUCAGAUGAUUAAAGCGAUUUGGCCUUCUUUCGCCCACUGGCCAAAUCGCCUUCCUGCUUCUGCAAACAUCACCAGCGCAGGUUUACUCUCGUACUUCAUCUUCUGGCUCAUUCAAUUCCCGUUCCUACUCGUUUCGCCGCAGAAGGUCCGAUGGCUUUUCACUGUCAAGGCCGCUUUAGUUCCUGUCACGUUCAUCGCUAUGAUGGCUUGGGCAUUCUCCAGGACGGGAGGUGGACCUCUUUUCGAUCAACGAAGUAGAUUGCACGGAAGUGCAUUAUCAUGGGCUUGGUUGGGCGCUUUGAACAGUGCACUUGGGAAUUAUGCUACUCUGGCGGUGAACAUUCCCGACUUUACGCGAUACGCCCGCAAACCCAGCGAUCAAUACGUUCAAGUGGUCAUCAUCCCCAUCCUUUUCACCUUUGCUGCUUUCAUCGGUAUCGUCGUCACAUCCGCCGGAAACGUUCUUUACGGUUCAUACAUCUGGGAUCCAUUACGUUUGAUCGAUCGUUGGGACAAUCGGGCUGCGGCUUUCUUUGCUUCAUUUUCGUUUGCAUUGGCUACCCUUGGAACGAACAUUUCGGCCAACUCUAUUUCGGCCGCUAAUGAUUUUACGGCUUUGGCGCCCAAGUACAUCAACAUUCGGCGGGGUCAAAUCAUUUGUGCCAUCAUUGGUGGUUGGGCCCUCUGCCCAUGGAAGAUUCUUGCUCACGCUAUUGGUUUCUUGACGUUUAUGGCGGGAUACACAGUCGUUCUGGCACCUAUUUGUGCCGUAAUGGUCACGGACUACUGGGCCGUUAAGAAGCGACACGUAGAUAUUCCGAGCUUGUAUCGACCCGAUGGGCGGUAUGCUUAUUGGAACGGUCUUAAUUGGAGAGCGGCGUUGGCAUUAUUGUGCACCGUUCCACUUGGGCUUCCUGGGUUGAUAAGUACUAUAAAUCCUGCGAUUAACGUUGGAUCAGGAGGGAAUCACCUGUUUUCUAUCUCGUACAUCAUGGAGUUCGUCGUUGCUGGGGCCGUCUAUUAUUGUGUUUCCGCUCUUUUCCCAGCUCGCGAGUCCAUGGUCUCACAAACAAUUUACUCCAUUGAGGAGGCGUCCAGUCCGGGGGAGCAUGAAGACGACGAGCAGAAGGUGUCGGGCGUUUGA